UCGUGCCAUCUCUGUGGACGGCUAUAAAAGAGGGAUCAAACAAAUCUCCGUUCGCAAUUCGAAGGGAACCCGCCUCCUUUUGAGGAGAGUUUUCGAACCUCUUACUCUCUCUUCUCUGCCUGUGCGGAUCUCAAAUGGCGACCGCUCGCAGGGUUCUCCGGCACGUCGUGGAUGGAGCGAACCGAGCAGCGGCCGCCCGAUUCCACCCCCAAUUCAACAUUCCGGCGACCUCCUCGCCGGUCUUGGCCGACCGUUGCAUCGCCAAGCACCCGAUGGACGCGACCAACUCCAGCGAGAACCUCAAGUUCCGCCGCUUCUCGCAAGCCGCGACGUCGACGGAAUCCUUGGCCGGCCGGUUCAGCGAUCGGUUGAUCCAGAGCCUGGGUGGCCUAUCGAUCAAGGAACGCCUCCGUAUCAACGGUGUCGUGCCGCCAUUGCCGCCGUCGCCGCCGCGGAUCACCGUCGAGGAGGCUAGGAAGCUUCUACAGGUUGCGCAGAUGGAAGCCCUAAAGUCGAGGGUGAGGAGCAUAGAGAAGGACUGCAUCUCCUACGAUGAGUUCCUGCAGAUCUGCGAGGAAUGCACCGUCGGUUCGAACCACGGCGGAGCCAAAGACCUCGCCAAGAAGAUGGAUGAAUCUGGAACGGUGAUCGUUCUGGGAGACAACGUGUUUCUUCAUCCUGAGCAGGUGGCGAGGGUGCUGGAAGGCGUGAUGCCAGAGGCGUGGUACGGCGGGGACAAGGCUCGCCGGUCGGAGCUGGAAGCCAUGGAAAGGGAGAAGGAGGUGAUCGACGCGGAGGCGGAGAAAGGGGUGAGGCGGGAGCUGUGGGGCGGGCUGGCCUACCUGGUGGUCCAGACGGCUGCCUUCAUGAGGCUGACCUUCUGGGAGCUCUCUUGGGACGUCAUGGAGCCCAUUUGCUUCUACGUCACCUCCGCCUACUUCAUGGCAGGUUAUGCUUUCUUCCUCCGAACCUCCAGAGAUCCCUCCUUCGAGGGUUUCUUCGCCAGCAGGUUCGAGUCCAAGCAGCGGCGUCUCAUGCGCCGCAAGAACUUCGACCUCGCCCGCUUCCACCAACUCCGCCGCUCCCUCCGCCCUUUCUCCCCCUCCACCACCGCUCAGCAGGCUCACCAUCAUCUGGAUGGGACCCACCACAACUCGCUCUCCCAUUCGUUGCUGGACGGUGUCGUCCGCUAGCAAUCGGAAUUUUUUUUUCUUCACUUGCUUUCAUUUUCUUUUUUCUGAUGGCGUCCCUGAUGUGUGUCUCUAAUUACAAACAUACGAUAACCACCGCACUGUCGCCAGGAACAGUUUUGGUUCUUUCCUUUGGUUUGUGCCGUUUUGAAGAGUUCAUGAGAACAUCCCUUCGUUUAGGAGUAUUGUAGAUUUACUAUGUACAAAUAUAUGAAGACUGGGAGUAAGUGUAACCCAGAAUAUUAUUCUGCUCA